AGUGGCCACUGAGAAGGCAUGCCUCUGAGAUCAUGUCAAUUGACAACCUUUAAGAAAGGGGACUUGGAGCACACCCAUCCUAUAUCACCUACUACAGCAGGCAAAUAUUUUCAAACAGAGGUGGUCCUGCAAGUAACCUGACUUUGUAUCAUGUAGGGCUUGAAAGCUGAUAAUGAGCACUUGAAUUUUAUUCAGAAAGCAGCUGGAAGCUAGUGCAGCUCACUCAAUUAUGGUGUUACUUGGGUGAACUAUGGGAAACCCAAAGCAGCAUGUGCUGUUGCAUUCUGGAGCAGAUGCAACUUCCAACUGGUUUUUAAAAGAAAUCCAAUGUAAGGUGUAUUGUACUAACCGAAACCGGAGAUGGCUGAAACAGCUCAUAAAGAAUCUAGUCCUUGCAGUGAUGCCACACUACCUACUGUGAACGCAGCCCAACACAGAAGCAGCUGUUCAGCUACAACUGGCACCAACGGAUCUGGCAAAAGUCCCUGAACUAGGCAUGAGAUGUAGAUCUUGAGCUGCAAGCUCUUUUGAUUUGGCUUCAGGGAGAAGUAAGACAGACUGACAACUCAGCAUAUUGCAUCACAUCCUUUGUAUCAGAUAGGCCCCAAGAUAUUGAAGACUCCUGCCUGGAUACAAUAUUCUAGAUGAGAGCACAUAGGACAAAUCCAGAAAAACGCGGACUAAGGUUGUCCAUCCUAUUUCAUCAUUCUCUUCAGUGCCUGUUGCUUCAUUCUGCAUAAGAAUGUCUAGGUCAAAAAACAGACCUUGGGAGCCAUGGAUGAUUGCUUUGAUUGUGUUAGCAAUAUUGCUGAUCUUAGCCACUGCCAUUGGUUUGCUUGUGUACUUUUUGAUAUAUGAUCAGAAGCUAUUCUUUUACAAUGCUUCCUUUAGAAUCAAUAAUGUGAAAUAUCAGCCUAGCUUUGACAAACAGACUUCAGCAGAAUUUAGAGAACUGAGCAGAAAUAUUGAGAUUUUGAUUAAACAAGCAUUUCAAGCUACUCCCUUAGAAAAAAGGCUCAUUAAUGCACGUGUUGUCAGGCUAAGCCCAGGGAAUGAUGGUGUCCUGGCAAAUGCGGUGCUGAUAUUUAAGUUCAUUGCCACAGAUAAUAAAGAGAGACUCUGGACAAAUAUUUAUCAUAGUUUGCUGAAAAAACUGAAGUCAUCAACAUGGCCCUUAAGUAUUGAUAUUUCUUCUUAUAAGCUUUCAGAAAUAAAUGAAGAAAAUGGUACAAAUCUUCUCAAUAGUUGCUGUGGGACACGACUGGACAGAUCUGUGGAGCGAAUCUAUGGAGGAACCAUUGCAGGGGAAGGGGAAUGGCCCUGGCAAGCUAGUCUCCAGCUAAAUGGCAUUCAUCGUUGUGGAGCAACAUUGAUCAGCAAUAACUGGCUUGUGACUGCUGCUCAUUGUUUUAGAGGUGUCCGAAAUGUCAGAAGUUGGACAAGUAGUUUUGGGGCUCGUCUAAGACCUCCAAGAAUGAGAAGGAAUCUUCGCAAGAUCAUCAUUCAUGAGCAUUAUGCUAAUAAUGUCAUGAACCAUGAAUUUGAUAUUGCUGUUGUACAGAUUUCAUCCCCAGUGGAAUUUACAACUGCUGUACAUCGUGUUUGUCUUCCAGAAGCUUCAUAUAUUUUUCCAGAGAAUACAACUUGUGCUGUUACAGGAUUUGGUGCUCUUAAAGAUGAUGGUCCCAGUGUUGGUGAACUUCGUCAAACAGAAGUAAAAAUUAUAAGUAAUGAAGUUUGUAACAGAAGAGAAGUAUAUAAUGGAGCCAUUUCAUCUGGAAUGCUCUGUGCUGGAUACCUGGAAGGAGGAAGCGAUGCUUGUCAGGGUGAUUCUGGUGGACCAUUGGUUACAUCUGAUUCAAGAGGAAUAUGGUACCUUGUUGGCAUAGUAAGCUGGGGAGAUGAAUGUGCUAAGCCAAAUAAACCUGGAGUCUAUACACGAGUUACUUACUAUCGAGACUGGAUUGCUUACCAUACAGGAAUCUGAAAUAAUGACGAGUAACUUUAUACUAAUUUAUGAGAUCCAAGAUAUUUUUCUUACAAACAGUCAUACUGCUCUGGUAAAUUCUAUUGAAUAGGGAUUUGUUUUUCUGCUGGAGGCAUCAAUACCAUUCCUUCCCAUAUUAUUUCAGGUUCAUGUCUCAUUAUAUUAUAAACACUGUUCAUGUGUUAUACAAGAAGAUGAAUAGACUGAAGUAUUCAUCUGCAACUCACAAAAUAAUUUUGUUUGUAGUUCUUUAUGAUUCCCAUCCUUAAAAUGCUGCAUUGUGGCACCUGCUUGAUUGCACUAAAUGUUCAACCCUCCCAACGGCUUUGAUAAUUUGGCCAAACUUUUGUUUUGUUUUGAAUGUGUGGUAUUAUUCAAGGAAAUAAUCAAUAUUCAAGGAAAUUAUUGCUGAAUUAUCCCUUCCAGGGAUUGGAGUACUCAGAUACAUAACUCUUUUACAACUGUAUUGCAAAAAUGAAGAAGAUUCUUGGGUGAAGGAUCUUCCAUGGUCUUCCUUAAUUCAUGAAGCCUGGAAAGAGACAUGCCUUGCAGAUUGAGAAAGUAUUAAAGUAAAGAUCUGUUAUUCUAUAGUCAGUUAUUCUAGAACAAUCUUGCUAUUCUAUAAAAUAUAAUAUAAAAGUGCAAUUACUCAUCUUUGUAGAAUAAUUACCCUGUUUCCUCCAAAAUAAGACAUCCCUUGAUAAUAAGACCAAUUGGACUUUUGAGCGCAUGGCAAUAAGGUUAAAAAAAAAUAAGACAGGGUCUUAUUUUCAGGGAAAUAUGGUAUAUGAUUUCUCAUGACAUUUCAGUGACCUUUUCCUAAUCUGAUACCCUCCAGAACACUUUGAAUUGCAACUCACAACAUGGACCAUUUUGAGAAAACAGAACCAGAAGCAUUCAAUUCAAUUAGUCAAUUCAAUCAGUCAGUUCAACCUAAAUAACAUUUACUUGGACAGGGAAGAGGAAAUUUAGUGAAGAAAAUGUUAGUGAGUUAUCUUGCUAAGUUGAUUUUUAUUAUAAAUAAAAAUUCCAGUGUUUUAUUUAUAAUUCAUUUCAGUUAGAAGAAAUACUAAUAUAGUUUUCCAUCUUUAUAAUAGGUUCCGCCAACAUUGUCCUUUCCUUUUUCUGUAUAUUUCCUGUUGCUCAGAGUACAACCCAAGAUUAUUUAAAGAGUUGGAAACCUUUUUUAAAAUACAUUUCUUUCCAUUCCUUACUCUUAUAUGGAAAAAUUUAGAGAAAAGUGUGAGACAAAAGAGAAUCAAUAUAGCAAAAAUGAUAUGUUUUAAUUAUACCACUCAUAAGGCAGUAUUUUGAAACUAUCCAAGCAUGCUUAAGGGUUAUUAUUUCUAAGUAAUAAUGUUUAAAAGGCAGUAACAUUUUUAAAUUCAUUGGGAUUAACAUUAUUAAGAUAUGUUUCAUAUCAAGGAGUUCAACCUGUUCUUGCGUUGGUGAACUUAACAAAAAUAUUAUUUUGUAUUGCAAUCCAUCUGUUAUGCAUUAAUGAUCACAAAUCCCAUAAAUAAACACCAUGUGACCAGUGAAAACUUUAUCAUUCUGGUAUCAACAUAUGUGUAACUAAUCAAAGGCUGGCCAAGUCUGACAUUUCAAACUGUAUAAGACUCUAAAUCAGCCUUCUGAAUCUGGUGGAACUCCUAAAAUAUUAUUCUGGCUUCAGAAAACUCCUGAAUAUUUAGGUUCAAAUAUAGGCCAGAAGUUACAAAAUUAUUAUAUUCAUUUUAUGCGUAGUCAUGUAUAUAUGCAUUAAUAGUGUCUUAAACUAAAAAUAAAGAAGUAAACUUUUUCUUUCCCCUGCCUUCUUCUCUGCUCCCCAUGGGUGGAUCCUGCAGCCACUAGUAUCUGGGCCAACCCAGCCCUAGAUCUCCCACACUUGCUCGCUCACCAAGGUGCUGCACCAGCAGAAAAGCAGACUGACAAGCUGGCAUGUUGGCGUGCCCCAGCACAGAGGCCCAAUGGUCGCUCUCCUCUUGAGCACACUCUCCCACCACCUGCUGUUCUUCUCUUCUCUCCUCCUCACUCCUUACUCACUACUCAGUGUGGAUUUUGCUCACCUCCUCACUGGCAUGCAUAUACACAAUCCCGGCCCGCUUCCCACUACGGUGAGCCAACUUAAGGUUGGAGGUUUGAAGGCUUUCAUUUGCUUAAAUAAGGAACUCCUGGGGAACCCCUGGCGACCUCGUAUGGAAUCCUAGGUUUCCAUAGAACCCUGGUUGAGAAACCUUGAUUUAGAUGUAAGAGAUCUGUUUGUAUGCAAGGGAAUAAAAGUUAAACAACCAUCAACAACCGUCAAAGGUGUCAAACUCAGCCCGCAUCUGGCCUACAGGGUGCUUAAAUCUGGCCUAUGGGGCUGUCCUCAAAAUAGCAAAGGACUGGCCCGGGGUGCCUCUGGCAGUCAAAACAAGGGAAGCAAAUUGUAUACUACAGGGGUAUCUUGCUGUUGUCCAUCACAAGCAAAAUCUUUGCUUGUGACGGACAUUUGUCUGAACAGAAUAACAACAUAUCUUUUCUUUUUUCCAGCUAAAGUAGGAUGUUUUAUAAAAAAAAAUAUUUAUUUGAUUGAUACUCCACUUUUGUAUUGGUUGAUAUUAAAAGCAGUUAACAAUAGUUAAAAUAUAGAACGAAAAAUAUAAUUUAAUUUUUAAAAAGUGAAAACUAUUAACAACUGAAACUCUGAGGUUGCUGGAAAUUGAUUUUUGUGUAAAAAGAUGAUGAAACAUUGAAAAAUAAUUCCUGAAUUGAAAGAUAUCCUGCUUUGUAAUUCUGGGUGUAUUUAUUUGCUCUUGUACUAGUUGACUCUUGUUGGCUAAACUUGGGGUUUUAGAGAACAAAGUGUAUAAAUUUAAUCAACUUGGAGAUAAUUCAGCUUUGUACUAGAUUAUCAGUACUUCAAAUAGUACUAAGUAUGGUGCAACAGUAGUAGAGCCCUAUUGCCUCCAGUACAUGUGAGCCUCCUAAAUGCAGAAAGGUAGAAAAUUCUGCAGAAAUGGGAAAAAUAUUAAAAUAGCAGUCAAAAAAAGAUGAGAUAGAUAGAUAAUGAUAGUUAAUAGAUAGAUAAUGAUAGUUAAUAGAUAGACAGACAGACAGACAUAUAUGUAUACAUAUAUAUG